AUGUCUGCCUAUUUCGUUCUCCUCUUCUGCGCCCAGGCUUGCUUGGUUCAGAAUGUGUACAGCCAGUGCCAUCGUGGUCCAAUAGCACACAUUGCCCCUGCUUGUGGUUCGGAAGGUCGACUGAUCUCUCCAGCUGCACUGGGUCAUGGUGGUAUCGCUGCGCCUCUUUCUCUUGCAUCUCCAAGUGGCAUCUCUUCAGCUGCUGCCUACGGUGGUACCGGUGUAGGUGAAGUAGCCGUUGGUGGAGAGAUGGGUGUGAUUGGUACCACCCUAGUUGCUGGUCAAGUGCCCAUUCUCGGAGCUGUAGAGUUUGGAGGUGUCGUGCCAGCUGCCGGUGCUGUCUGCAUUUCUGGCAACUGCGGCUGUGGAUGCAACGUAAACAUGUUCAAAACGGUGCUUUUGGUCUGCGCUCAAGCGCUUUUCGUUCAGUCUAUUGCUGGACAGUGUAUGGGGCGUCAUAGUACGACUCAUUUGGUCGCUACUCCCUCUUGUUCUACAGCUCCUCUAGCACUCAGCGCUCCUAGUAGUAACUGCGGCCACAGUAUCACUUCUAUCCCUGCUUCUAGCGGCGGUGGUCUCGAAGUGUUCAGUGCUUCCGCCCUAUCACCAGAAGGAAUAUCAGUCCUCUCAGAAAACGCCAUCGAAGGCAACCUGGCAGUUGCUGGCGCUCUGCCUUUCCUGGGAGCUGUAGCUCUUGAAGGUGCUCUACCAUCUGCUGGUGUUGGUGCUGUCAACUAUGGCUGUGGUAACGGACAAGUCGCUAUCUUGGCUGAGGACUUAGCGCCCUCUGCCUUUGCUGGUCCCCUCAGCUACGGCGUUGGUUCUCGUGCUACUACUGAAACCAUCGGCUACGGUAAUAUUGGCUAUAGCCUCGGGUCCUCAGCUCGAUCCUUCGGUGCUGGAUGCGGCUGUGGCUCUAUCAACUGAACAGCAAAUGUUUUAACUUACAACAGAAUAAAAUAAAUAAAUAUGCAUUUUUCUUUUAAAAAA